GGAAGGAGGGGGGAGGACAGGGGGUGAUAGCUGCUGUAGCAGCACCCAGUUAGCUAACGGUAGGUAGCACUGGAGUAAACAUGGAGCUGUCCGCCGUCGGGGAGAGAGUGUUCGCCGCCGAGUCAAUCAUCAAACGGAGGAUAAGGAAGGGUCGGAUCGAGUACCUUGUGAAAUGGAAGGGAUGGUCGCCAAAAUACAGCACUUGGGAGCCGGAGGAGAACAUUUUGGACUCCCGCUUGUUUGUCGCUUUCGAGCAGAGGGAGCGAGAACGAGAGCUCUACGGGCCCAAAAAGAGGGGACCGAAACCCAAAACCUUUCUGCUGAAGGCCCAAGCUAAAGUCAGAACCAGGUCCUAUGAGUUCAGGAACGAGGCGGUCCGAGGGAUCACGUACCCGAGCCCCGAGCCGGUGCUCACCCCCAGGGCCCGGGAAGGCCUGAGAGCCGUCGUUCCCACCAUCUUCCCCCCGAGCGCGGUCAACCGCGGAGAGAGCAUCUGCCUGCGUCCGUCUGAGCUGAGCGUGCACGACCACCUGCAGGCUCACUCAGACGGGCCCAGGAAGAGGGGGCCGAAGCCCCGACCGGCGGACGGCAGCUGCAGCCCCUCCGUCUCCGAGCCCCACAAGAGGAGAACGGAGGAGCAGCUGAGCCACGGCUCUCACAAACUCCAGGGAGGUGAGGAGGCGACCCACAGACACCCGGAGAACCACAAACACCAUCUUUACCAUCAUCAUCAUCACCACACGCAGAGCCGGGAGCCGUCCUACAAACGGCCUUACUCCGACCGCAGCCUGCAGCCGUAUGCAUCGGACACGCACGGGACCAAGGGCGGCUCGGGCUGCGUGGCGCCGGCGCACUUCAAGCACCGCACCAAAACGAGCCCGAGCCGACCCGCCGCGCCCCCUCACACGGAGAAGCCGUACUUCCUGGACAGGCCGUCGCCGACCCGGCUCCUCGACGACUCGGACGACGCGACCUGGAGGCCGAGUCUGAGCAACCUGGACCAGGUCCUGGUGACGGACGUGACGGCCAACUUCCUGACGGUCACCAUCAAGGAGAGCAGCACCUCCAAGGGCUUCUUCAAAGACAAGAGAUGAUGUGUUCACGUUUCCUGCGAUUACGAAACAAAUUGUUGUUUUUUUUAAUGUAAUAUAAAGGAAAAGAGCUCUGUGAUGUGCAUAUGUGUAAAUAUGAUAAAGUUUCACAUCUAUUUAAUGUAUUGACCAAACUAAAGGUUCCCGUAUCUCACUGUCCUUUAGAACUAAACAUAUUUUAACAAAUAAGAAUAUAAAAUUCUGUGGAUUUUUACCGAUUCGACCAGGCGGACCCGCUCUGUUCAGAAGGCUAAUAAUAUAUAAAAUGCAAGAGAAGCACUUUGAGUUGGAGAAAAAAAAGUAUUAAAUCAUAUAAUUUUAUUGUCCUGACAGAUUGGUUCUGUUUUAUCUCGAAGAUAAAAAAAAAUAAAAUCAACA